AUGGGGGACGAAAUGCGGGCGUCAUCGUCUGACGAUGCCUCUAUCACGUCGCUUUCCUUUGGAUCUUAUCGUCCCAAGUCGCAGGGCACACCGUACACAAGUGCUGGUGGUGGUGAAGCGUAUUUCAACCCAGCAGACCUAUGGAAGUAUGUUGUGCGAUACAUCCGCGAAGAAGGAAGCCGGCAAGAAGCAUCCUCGGUUAUAAUGGUUGGGCCCGACUACCAUUUUCGUCCGCCGCAGUGGAUGGAGGACAAGAAUGUCUCCAUAGAUGGCACACCGCUCACAGAAGAGGAGCGUCGUGCGCCUAAUUUCUGGCAAACAAAGUAUAGACAAGAGCUGGAUGUGGGAGAGGCUAUUCAAGAGGUGAAGCGCGUGAAACGGAUGGAAUCCAAACAUGAUAUUAUUGGUUCAUUUGCGUGGGUUGGUCGUAGGCUGGGAUGGAUGGAGCCUUUGGACGAACAGUUUGCACGGCGGAAGGCGGAGGCACGCUACCAGAGACUAGAGAGGGACUUCUCUGAGAAUGAUCUGGAAAACACAGGGGAUCGCUCCGCGGGUCACAAAGUGGGAUUAAGCACCCCGUGGAAAGUUUUUAUGGAGUCUGUGGAAACCGGACAACCCAUCGCAAAGGUGGCAAAUGAGUACCGAUCAUGUGUGGAUUUUUAUGGCCUGGACCCAUUUCUGGACUCUUCGCUUCCUCUCAUUUGGUUCAGCACGAAGUGUGGUAUGGCCAUGGGCAUUGCGCAGGGUAUGGUCAAAGCCAUUCAAGCGAUGAAUGUUGACGUCCAGUUCCUUAAGGCCUCUGGUGUAGGCAUUUUAACGAUUUUGAACAUGUCCGUCUUUGCAGGUGUCGUUAAGUGGGGUGGAAACUGUGCACUCUUUUCGGCGGCGUUCUGCAUGGGAGAUCGUCUGGCCACAGUGAUAAAGUAUAGGCUUCUUCCACCCCAUGAUGCUCAGCAACGCAGUACGUUCAAUUAUGUCAUGGGUCUCGCCAUGUCUGGAGGGACAGUUGGCAUCAUGCCAUGGUGGAUCCUUGGUGAUCUUAGUCUUUCUCUCCGCCUGAGCGUUUUGGGGGGUUUUGUGGGUGGUUUGUUGGGCCUCACUGUGGGAACAGUCAUCGGUCGUCUGGUUGUCCUUAACACCGCACGACUUGAGGCAACAAACAGGGAUCUGCGGCGGUACGAGGCGUUGCUGCGACGUCAGCGAAGAUGGGCAGAUGGGGAACGUGAAAAGCUGCGAAGACAGACUUUGGUGUGGUGGUGA